AAGUCGAACCAGUUAAUUUGCUGAAAAAAAAAAGAAUAGAGAUCUACGAACCAGACCUAGUAGUUUUUAGUGUGCGGAUCAUUGCCAUGGCGGCGUCGAGUAGCAAAGCUCACCCCAACAAUCUACGCAAUGCUGUGGUUGCGCUUUUCGUUCCUCUCCCCUCCAUUCUCUUCUAUCUCUCCUUCCUCCGCCGCUACUCCGCCGCGGAAUCACCCGAUUCUCUCCCUCCUCUCUGGGCUUGGUGCUGCCACCACCCUCUUCUCUUAGCCAAUGCUCUCUUCUUUUUCAAUGUCAAUCUACUUUUUUGGAUCGUGGGUCUCCUCCAAUCUAGCCACUGGAUGAUAGAUUUGUAUUGGACGGUGAUACCUGUGAUGCUCGCUCAUUACUUCGCGACUCACCCAUUAGCAGAAUCCGAUGCUUUGAGAUCGAGGCUCGUGACUUUUUUGACGUGGCUUUGGGCGUUGCGGCUCACUCACAGCUACUUCCGCCGCGAAAGGUGGCAGUGGGGUGCUCGAGAAGACUGGAGAUUCAACGAUUUGCGCCGCCAAUACGGCAGAAACUGGUGGUGGAUGUCAUUCUUUGCUGUCUAUCUCUCACAGCAGGUUUUCUUAAUUGGGAUAUGCUUGCCUCUCUACGUUGUCCACACCAAAGACAGGCGAAUCAAUGCCUGGGAUGUAGCUGCUGCAGUAGUUUGCUUAACUGGUAUCACGGUUGCAUAUUUCGCAGAUACGCAGCUUCACAAUUUUGUUAGCAGAAACGAGAGGCGGAAAGAGGCCGGCCAGGCAUUAGUGCCGAAUCUUGAUGAGGGCGUAUGGCGCUACUCACGACAUCCAAACUAUUUUGGUGAGCAGUUGUGGUGGUGGGGAUUGGCGAUCUUCGCUUGGAACUUGGAUUGUGGGUGGAGCUUUAAUGGUGCAUUGGUUAAUAGUUUGUGCUUGGCGUAUGUCACUCUUCUUGUGGAGGAGCGAAUGUUGAAACAGGAGUACAGGGCUCAGGCAUACAAGAAGUAUCAAGAAACGACAUCCGUUUGGAUACCUUGGUUCAAGACUUCCCGGGUUGGGAAACACAAAGGAACAUGAUCGCCAUAUGAUUUGUUUGAGUAUGUUCACAUCUGCUCUCAUUGCCUUUUGCACCUUUUCAUCUCUUCUGUAACUUGUGUUGCUUUGCAUUUCAACUCAAUUUCAAUUCGCUCUCAAUCUUUUGUUGCAAUGAAAUUUUACAUUGUAGAAAAA